GUUCACCAGAGUAGUUCUGCAAGGCAUCUUGACUUGCUACCUGUUUUGGGAAAAUACUUCACUUGCCAGAAGAUCAGAAGUAGGUCUGAAUGACAGUUCUGAUGUUGCUGAGCGUCGCGGCCAUAGCCGUGGUCGUGGCCGCGGUGGAGCCAGCCAGCACUCCCGCCCCUGCGGGCGACACGAGCAAUGUGUUUCUUGGUAAGUCCGUUGUGUCCAGUCUCCUCGUCGCCACGGGCUUCAGCGAGGCGUGUGUGGCCGAAGCCCUGGACACCUGUGCACCCGCCUCCGUGCAGCGCCCAACGCCGCCGAACCCGCUGGUGCAGGGGGCGAGAGAGCUGCUGCAGGAGGUGCGUCAGGUCGUGAGUCACUACGACAACCGCCCGCGUCACUGCAAGGACCUGCUGGACGGCGGGGACAGCGGCAAGGGCCUUCGCCACCUGGACCCCUUACCUGGGCAGCCCCAACGCCGCGCGGCAGUGUACUGCGACCAAACGACUGACGGAGGGGGCUGGACGGUGUUUCAGAGACGCACCAACUCCACCGUCCGGGAAGAAUUCAACCGCAGCUUUGUAGAAUAUGAAUUGGGUUUCGGCCAUCUCGAGGGGGAGUUCUGGCUGGGCCUGGACCUGCUGCACGGACUGACAUCGGCGGCUCUUCAGGAACUGCGCAUCGACAUGGCAGAUUGGGACGACGUUCGACGGUAUGCAAAGUACGGCUUCUUCUACGUCGGCCCUCCAAGCACCAAGUACCGCCUCAGUGUUGGAAGGUACAGCGGUGACGCAAGGGACUCUUUUGCCCCUCAAUCUGGCCGCAGCUUUACCACUCAUGAUGCCGAUAACGACUCAUCUUCCGGUAACUGUGCCGUGACCCAUGGUGGUCCGUGGUGGCACGUUAAUUGUGGUCCAUCCAACCUGAACGGCUUCCAGCACGAGGGGAAACACGUGGGAAACACCGGCAUCAACUGGGAUACAUGGCGAGGGGUGAAUUACUCCUUGCGCCAGACCGCCAUGAUGACCCGACCAGCCUUCUGAACAGUCAUCAUGAUUCUGGGUUCAACGGUUGCCUGGGACACCUAUUUUGCUGGACAGUCUUCCAGCGCGGUAGUUUACGAUCUUACACACAUCAGCAGCAUCCUCUUUUUCAUCAGGCAACUCAAGGCAGGGCUGCCUGGCGCCUUCGAUAUGUACAGCCUCAGGCAGGGCCGGCCCGGGGCUGCUGGGGCCCGGACAAGCUGAACUUCGCCUCCCUUACAAGUAUAAAACUGUAAAUGUAGAAUGAAGAGUUUAUUACGAUGUACAAGCUGAAUAAAACAGUUCAAGCACUGCA